AUGUCAGAAGAACAGACCAAUAAUACUGAUAUAGGGAAACUUGCAACCGAUGCUCAAUCAAUUGCGGAGAAUACAAAUAUUCAAGCAGAAGUGAAGCUAGAGACACCAGUUGCUGCAGAGAUACCUACACCAAGUCCACUUCCCUCUUUAAAUGAAGGGAAAUCACUAGCGGAUAUAAUAGGAGGUUCACAGGUAAGGAGAUAUCUAAACGAGAAUGUCACACCGUACUUGUUACAGGGUAUGAGGGACAUUGCCAAUGAACAACCAAACGAACCUUUAAGGGUUCUUGGUGAAUAUUUAAUCAAGGAGAAUGAUAGAUUGAAACAAGAGAGACAAUAA